UCCACCCAGUGAGAUCAUCACAAAUACACCAUUUGUCUCCCCAUUCGCCGGCCACCGACACUUUCUAAUUCCGGCAACAUCGCCAUAUCUCCGGCCACCACCACUCCCUUCACAUCCAUCAACCCGUCGGUAAAAACCGCAUUCCAUAUCUCAACUUUCACCGUCGGUAUAUUUUUAUUUCCAAAUUAAUCUCACAUAACACCAACAGGUUACUUUUCUCUCAAAUUCUACCCUAAAUGUUGCUCAAAUGUUAGAGAUAUUAUGUUGUUUUGAUGAUCGAGAUAACUGUGCAUUGUUUUGAGAAUCAAUUUCACCGGAAAACUUGUAUUUUGGUAGAUUAGUUUACGGUUAAAUUCUGGUUGAAUUUGAUAUAAUUGUGUGCCCUAAGUGUUAUUCAUAUACAUUCACCAGUUCGGUGACAAUUCGGCGGUUUUCGUGGUGAAUCGUGAUCAUUAUUUAGAUAUUUAGGGAUAGUUAGGGUUUUGAGUUGUGGAUGUGUGAUUGAGAGAUGUGUAAGGUAGAUAAUUAGCCUCAAGUAGCAUACAUUCAGCGGUUUGGUGACAAUUCAGCGGUUUUCGUGGUGAAUCGAGAUCAUUGUUUAGAUAAUUAGGGUUUUGAGGUGUGGAUGUGUGACAGAGAAAUGUGUAGGGUGGAGGAUAGAGAUAAGAAGAGGAGGAGGUUUGCAAUUGGAACAAUGGGAUUAAGGAAAUUGGGGGAAAUUAGGGUUGAGAAGUUGAAGAAUUCUAUGGUGAAUGUAAGGUCGGGUAAGAUGAAGAUGAUGUUAAUAAGGGCGAUGACGACGGUGUUAUUGUGGAUUUGUUUGGUUCAGUUGACUGCAUUAGGAGGUUCUUUGGGACCUAGGGUUUUGAAAGGGUGGCCUUCUUGCUUUACUCAAGAUUCUCAUUCGGCUGCUGCGUUGGAUGUUAAGUUGUUGCCUGUUCAUGCCAGAGUUCUUCCGCACAAGAGGGUUUACAAGAACAAUGGUUACUUAGUGGUUUCAUGUAAUGGAGGACUGAAUCAAAUGCGUUCGGCUAUUUGUGAUAUGGUCGCGAUUGCUAGAUAUUUAAAUGUUACUCUAAUAGUUCCCGAGCUGGAUAAAACUUCUUUCUGGGCUGAUCCAAGUGAGUUUGCGAACAUUUUUGAUGUUGAUCAUUUCAUUACAUCAUUGAGAGAUGAAGUCCGGAUACUUAAACAACUUCCUCCAAGGCUUAAAAAGAGAGUUGAAAUGGGAAUCGUGCAUACCAUGCCUCCCGUUAGCUGGUCUGAUAUUUCUUACUAUCAUAACCAGAUUCUUCCUCUGAUUCAGAAAUACAAAGUUGUGCAUUUGAACAGAACAGAUGCUCGUCUUGCCAAUAAUGGUCAACCCCUUGAGCUUCAAAAACUUAGGUGUCGAGUAAAUUUCCGUGCUCUGAGAUUCACCAAUCAAAUAGAGGAAUUGGGUAGACGUGUUGUUAAACUUUUGAGACAAAACGGGCCCUUUUUGGUGCUUCAUCUCAGAUAUGAAAUGGACAUGUUAGCAUUUUCCGGCUGUACACAAGGAUGCAACGCUGAAGAGGUUGAAGACUUGACCAGAAUGAGAUAUGCUUACCCGUGGUGGAAGGAAAAGAUAAUAAACUCUGAUUUGAAACGGAAAGACGGUUUAUGCCCUUUGACCCCUGAAGAAACUGCUCUUACACUUAGAGCACUCGAUAUUGACCGUGAUAUCCAGAUUUAUAUUGCUGCCGGUGAAAUAUAUGGUGGAAAAAGGAGAAUGGAUAGCCUUGCUGCUGCCUACCCGAAACUGGUAAGAAAGGAGACUCUGUUAGGAGCAGCUGACCUUCAAUAUUUCCAAAAUCACUCAUCACAAAUGGCAGCAUUGGAUUAUCUUGUGUCACUCGAGAGUGAUAUUUUUGUACCUACUUAUGAUGGAAACAUGGCCAAAGUUGUCGAAGGCCAUCGCAGAUUUUUGGGUUUCAAGAAGACAAUACUCUUGGACAGGAGGGUUCUGGUCGAAUUAAUCGACAAAUAUACUAGUGGCUUGCUGGGUUGGGAUGAAUUCUCGAGUGCUGUUAAGGAUACACAUGCGCAACGUAUGGGGAACCCUAGAAAAAGAUUGGUUAUUACAGAUAGACCCAAAGAAGAAGAUUACUUCUAUGCAAAUCCAGAAGAGUGCUUGCAGCCAUCGGAUGAUGAUGAUGAAGAAGAAGCUGUGAACAUCCUAUGAUCAAGGAUUUGCGGUUAAUUUGAUAUGAACUUACGAGAGUAUGAUUUUUGGUCCUCGACCCUGUCGGUGUACAAUGAGUGUUUGUUCAAAAUACGAGGAUGCCGCGCAUUUUGGCGAGAGACCAUGGCAGAUGACAAUGUUUCCACGAAUGCGAAGGGGAAUCCGUUAUUAUUGUCUUGUUGCUUUUAUUUCUUGUAUAGAAAAACUGCUGAGAUACCAGGGUUGUUCACUACUAGUGAUAUGUAUGUACACAGAGAGAGUCGAAACCGUAGGUGUGUUUUUGCUGGUGCUCCAUUUUUUGCCUUUAUUAUUAUUCAAUGUCAGUUGUGACAUUUGAGUAUAUGCAAUUAUAUAAUAAAUAGCAUAAUUAUUGUUCAAUAUAAUGUUUAUUGAUGUGGGCA